AUGUUUUACUCCAAAGAAAUACUAACGCGUAAAAAAGGUGGUUUGGGCAUUAUUUGGCUCGCAGCUACUUUAGGAUCUCGUUCUAGUCUUAAAAAAUUGUCAAAAAAAGAAGUCAAUUCUGUAAACUUAAUAAAGGCAUGUGAAUAUGUUACUUCUCCACCAGAACCAUUGGCUCUUCGUUUAACAUCCAAUCUUAUGAUUGGAAUCACAAGAGUCUAUGAUCAACAAUAUCAUUUUUAUUACGCCGAUGUAAACUGUGUAUGGAACCGUUUGCAUAAAUCUUUAAUUGAAUUACAGAAAGAAUCAGUAGAUAUGAUCGUACCACAAGCAAGGCCUGAAGCGAUUACUUUAGCAGAUGAUCCAUUUUUCGAAAUUGAAAUGACUUUUUCACACAAAGCACAAGAUUUUAGUGUGGUUCCUAACAUUGAAGGGGCUAUUAAUGGGACACAGCAGUCGCCGACUGUCUCAUUUCCUCCCGCUAGAGCAAGCGGAUCAUCAAAUGUUACGCGCCAAUCAUUAAUUACGCUUCCCGAAGUUAGUGAUGCGGACCUUUCGAUUUCUUCUAUCAGUGGCUUUAGUGGAGGAUUUGAUACCGGAUUUGAAAUGAAUGAUGAUUUACUUAUGAUGGAUGACGGUGGAAUUGACUUUGAUGAAGAAGGUGGUCUACACGAAUUUGAACUUCGAUCUGAUAGACAGAAUGAGACUCAACAACAAAAUGUUCAUGACCCUUUAAAUUCGAAUAUGAAUGAAAUCAUGAAAAGGGUUAGAGAAGAACAUGACGCUGGCCUUCAAGAAAAUAAAAAGGAAAAGGGACGAAUACGUCAAAAAGAACCUGCUACAGAAAAACAAGAAUUGGAUGAUGAACAAGUUGCGGAUGUUCAAAUGGAUAUAGAGAGAGAAAGUGAGCAAGAAGUUCUACAACAAAUAACUCACGACGAUCAAGAAGUCCUACAAUACGACGAUCAAGAGGUACUACAACAAACAACUCAUGACGAUCAACAAGCACCAAAUACCGAGACCAAUGUUAGGCAAUCAUCAGUCGAACCAAGGCGGCAAAAAAGACGAAGACUUCAUUAUAUGUACGAUAAAGAUACUGAAAUGACUAAUGAACAAAUAAUUGCUAUGCGAGACGGUGUUGUAGAUGACUUAGAAGAGGGUGAAAGAAUUGCAAGAGACAAAGCAAAGAUGCAGGAAUAUAAAAAUCGAUGGAGACAGGCCCUUUAUACACCAGGCCUACCACUCAAAGCCCCACAACUAUCAACAUUUUGGAGUGCGCAUUGUGCGCCAAUGCUUCAAGACGAUAUUGUUAAACAAAGAAGAGCUCAGUCUGUACUCGUACAUCAACAUAUUAAUCUAGAUGAUUUUAACGAUUUGUAUGCUGACGUUGAGGACAUUGGCAUUGGUGGAUCACGCCAGCAUGAAAGGGAUGCCAGCUUACAAGAUAUUGAGCUUGAACGCUUAAGAAAAGCUGGUAGUCAAAGCAAUUCUGCAAUUACAGGAUUAAACAGUACUGGCACAGAAGUCCCAGACCUGUUAGAUUUUGAUGGCACCUCAUCAGUAGAAAAUAUAAGUCGAGAUAUUUUGGAGUUUUCAGGACAACUUGGAAGUAUUGGCCAGCAAAGGUCAAGCUCCAUAGGAUUGCAGAGACCGUCCAUUUCUAUGUCAGAAAGUUUUCCUCCUUUUGAUGAUAAUAUUGAAAUUCCGGAUUUUCAAAUAUUUGGAGAAUUGGAUGAAGAUGUAUCAAUGAGUAGUUCAUCUGUUAAAGGAAGGUCCGCUGUAAAUAGCGAACAGGAGCAAUUAAACUUUAUGGAAUUUAUAAAAGAUUUGAUGCAAAAAGCUGAAGUAUCAAGCGCUAUAUUUCAGGAUAUUAUGGUGGCUCAGCAUGUUAAACGAGCCGAAACUGCUAAAGCCUUUUAUAAUAUUUUGGGCCUCGCAACAAAGAAUCUAAUUAAAGUAAAACAAGUUCAACAAUAUGGUGACAUUGUAAUUGAACUUAAAUAA